GCUUCAGAAUGGAUCAGUCUGUUUACCUAGGCAGUGCCCUUGAUGACUGUGUUUUGACUGCACACACCAUUGUAGUAAUCAGGCAGAUAGAAAAGAAAAAAAAAAUCUGGUUGAGUGAAUCAUAGUAGUAUAGUAGUAACCUGUCAUUAUCAGCUCUGCAGCAUUUAACAAGCUGCCUCCUGACAGUCUGUGGAUAUUAUUAUUAUUGACCUGUACUCAGCUGAUCUAUGGGUUCCAUUCAUUCAUUGUGCCAGGAUUUACAAACUGAAGGCUCUGAACUGUAUGAACCAAGGUAUAAGCAUUGUGAAAAAUUUUUCUCAUGCAAGCUACAUUUGUAAACUGAAGCUAGAUAUAAAAACUUGUAUCGAAAACUCAUUCACAUCAAGUACCGGUAUCUGUUUGACUUUGAUGCCGCCUCGUGAGAGAGUCUGUUGGCAUGUUCUGGGAGAUAAAUAUCCUGGUGUCGACUUUCAAGGAGCUAAACAUAUUUCGUAAAACUAAGGACAGAGACAAGAGUUGUAUCCUGUGCAAGGAACUAAAAUAUUCACUUGAGAUCUGUUGCUGUAUUAUGAGUGAACUUGAAAUCCAUGUGAGCACCCCACUGCGUGGUAUCAACAGCGUGGAGGUGUCUGUGUGUAGUAUAGGUAGCAGUGGUGAUAGGUCGUCCAGGAAACUGAUCGUUGAUGUAUGUAACGGCCCUGGGGCGCCUUCUGCCCGCUUCAUUCAGCCGGGUAACAUGCAGAUGGACCAAGCGAGUAUGAAAAUGAAACUAGCAUCGGAAGACGAGAGUGGUGUUGAUGAGGUAAUUGAUGAGGAGCUGGAUGUUUUCUCAGAGAACAUGACUUCGGACAUAUCUGCCUCCAGACCAGAGACUCCAGUAACAAUGGGAACCUCUCCGCCCAUCCCUAUUCCACUCCUCAGUCCAAUAGGAACAGGAAGCUUUAUAGGGACCCCGACCCGUAGUAGCUCCUUCGGGUAUUUAUUCCGCUUUUCCUCACCUCCGGAAGAAACUUCCCCGCUCUCAUCAGGAUAUGGGUCAGCACCGCGUUUCUUCCAAAGUACCUCAACCCAGACUCCGCCCCUCUCACCAGUCUUGCUGGAGACAUCAAUCAGCUUACGAUUGUUUGAUUCAAGUGAUCAGGACUUGACGCCAUCACCUCAGGAACUAAUGAGGAUCAGAAGACAAGAAUCUAGAAGAACACGGUUCUUCUCUGAGGGAAGCGUUGAGCCAGAGUCAGUCCCUCCUAAUGAGCCAGCAGGAGACAAUUCUUUUGCCGAACCCCUACCAGACCUCAUAACUAUCCGUCGGAGUAGAGCCAAUUCUGCUCCAGCGAGACCCGUUGCCCCCGAGAUCGCUACUGGACGAGAACUGAGACGGAUUGGAGAUGAAUUUGUGGCAUUGUUUGAAGGCCAAAGAAGUCUCAAAAGAAAUGACCCACAUCGAAGAUCAUUCAUACGACGUCUUUUUGAAAGCUGGUCGUCCAAAUCGCCCAUUUCAGAAUCAUCCCCUGCCCGUACCUCAGUCAUCAGGGAUGGAAGUUCGGUUUAAACCAAAGUGCCAGACUUUUUUUCAUUUGUUGAAGAGACAGAAAAUGGAAAGAAAAGGAGAAAAUCAAGGAGGGGAGAUUAAAACAUACUCAGCAUUUGUGCCAUUUUGAUCUUGAGGGAAAAGCCCCAACUUUGCCCCUUCUCCUUUUUUUGUUCGACACAAGAAAACCGUCAUUCCUGUGGGUCAGUGUGUGCGAGGCAAUGCCGUCUUGAAGUGUGAUUGUGAACUCGCUCAUUUGAUUUCGUCAAACUUUUUUUAUCGCGAAAACAACUGCCGAGUCACGCUGUGAAAAAUAUAUUUGCAAUUGAUGUAUCAGGACUUUUGACAAAGAACAGAGUUGGAGGUUCCUCUUGUUUUUGUUUAUGUUUUUUUCUUGACUCAAUGUCGCAAAUUUUUGUAGAACUAACCCUAUCAUGGAGAAGUAUGUAUCAGAGCUGAGAUGGAUAAAACAUUUAAACUGUGAUGUGGAUAGAGAUUUAUCUCAUGGCUAGAAGAAGACUGUGCCUGGUCAGUGUGGUUGCUAUGGGAUAGAGCCAUUAUUUAUGGAUUCCAAAAAGAGAACAAUACAAAGGAAGCAUUGAAUAAUUGCUACUACAUGUAUACAUUUAAGUACCUUUUUCAUCAAAACUUUGCACACUUGAAGUGGCAAGUAUACAUGUAGAUGCAUGGACUGAAUUAGAAUAAUGUAUCAGUUUAUUUGAGGGAAAGAAAGAAUCAGAUAGGGCAUGACGUAUUACCAAGAGAGAAAAAUGAACCAAUGAAGUUUUUAAGUCUUCCAUUAUUUAUUGAACCCGAUGAAGAGAAGAGUGUUAAACUGAAAGCAGAUUUUAUUACCAUUAUUGCCAAGUGUUAUCAGGUUUGACGGGACCUAACAUUCAUGAUCAGAUGAUUGUUUGAUACAUUAGAAGAAAAGAGUCACCUCACAUAGAAUUUCUUAGACACAAGUUCUUUGACUCCUUAAUAGCAAAGUUUUGAUUAAAUAUUUGCAACAGUUUUAUUUAAUGUUAUUCAUCACACAACUCUUAGCUAUUCCUGUGCAGAGAACGUAUGACAAUACUUUACUUGAAGUAGGAUAUUAUAGGUAGCUUAUCUAUUCCAAUGUUGAUAUAUUUAAAAAAAAUCAACUUCAGAAUUAUUGAUAUCAAAUGACGAUAUAGAAUAGACUAUUAUUUUUGCUGAAUAACAGUCAAUAAUAUGUUUUAUUCUUAAAUUUUGAGAUUAAUUGUUUGCAUACUCUACUUCAUAAUGAAAUCCAUCCAUUUUGGUAGAUUGUAGUUCUGAAAUGAAUGACCAUUUGGUUUCAGUAAAUUCCUUAAAAACUUUUUUUAAUCCAAAUCUCUUUAUUUUAUUUGUUACAAGUAAAUGCUGCUCUGCAUUUUGUUUUAUUUCAAUUAUGAUAUCAGUGACUUUUUGACAAUAAUACUGAAGGUUACUUUCAUUUUUAACAGAUACUUGCCAUAAAGGAUACUUAAUUCCAAUUUUGCAAUAAAUAAGCUUGAAUGUGUGAAAUACAUGUUAAUGUUAGAUACUGCACAGAUAAGUACAUCUUUCCAUUAUAUCUGGGUUGCCGUUUUGAGGCAAUGGUCCUCAGUUCACUAAUACUCACUAAUUUUUUUGAAAUCUUUAGAGAGUUUGUCUCAACAUUUUGUGCAAAUGCCAUGAUAUCUUGCAAUUUUGAUUGAGGAGAAAGAAGAUGGUGCUAAAAGUGUGUGUUCUCGUGUUUCGAGGAGAAAUAAAAUGUUUGUAAGGUUGCCAUAGUAACUGUAUACGAAAAGGAUUGUUUCCCUUAGACCAGCAUAGUUAAUUUCCUGUAUUCUUUUUUUCUGCCAUCAAAUAUAAAUUACAUUCCAUUGAAAAUCAGUUAAACUGAUGGUGCUGCUUAAUUACACAUACUUAAUCAUAUAGGCCUAGACAUUACUAUGAGAGUCUUCAAGGGGGAAUGUAGAAAUUAAAUAUAGGAUUUUUUAUAUCAUAAUACCCUUAUAGCAUGCUGUUCCCUGAUAUUAUGUAGCUAAUCUGGCAAUUCCAUUUUUUAAUUUCUAAAUGGUUACUGCACUUGAAAUCUGUAUGAUUUCUUGUAUGGAUUGAAGACUAGAAUAAUGAUUUAUGUCUAGAUUGGAGUACUUACUACUAUUACCUUGAUGGACGAUUCAAUUUUUGUAGACUAAAGUGCCCCCCCCCCCUUCCCCUAAUUAACAUUUUUUUCUGUCAAUUUUUGUAGACUAAAGUGCCCCCCCCCCCCUUCCCGUAAUUAACAUUUUUUUCUGUCAAUUUUUUAGACUAAAGUGCCCCCCCCCUUCCCGUAAUUAACUUUUUUUUCUGUCUUAAUACUUCACCCAUAGAUCAUUUAUAUCGUUGUGUACUUUUCGUGCCUCACAGAAAGCUUUCUGAGCAACCAAAAAUAUAUGUCCGGUGCAAGAAGCAAGAUGAAUCAUACUGAAGUAAAGCGCAUGUUAAACGAUAAACCAAAGUGUUUUGUUUUGUUUUUCCUUCAAUUAUUGUUGAAGAACCAAAGUAUAGCAGUUGAAGGCAAAAAGUGUUUUGUUUGGAUUUCUCUUUCUUUUUUCUACAAAGUUUUAAGACAUAUUUGAGGUUUUUUUUAAUUAUUUUUUCAAGUGUCCUUUGGGAUUCUUUUAUGUUCCGAAUAAUGCUGCCUUGGUUUUCUCUUUUUUAAAGAAAAAUGGAAAAUAAUCUGCAAAAAUCUUGGUUUACAAUCAUUUUUCAAUUUUUCUCAUCAAUACUUUGAGAUGAAUGUAUCUAAAUGAUGAUGUUGUCAUAUACUUUUAACUUGAUUUGUCUCAUACACUUUACGCUAAAAUGUAAUAGGUAUUCUUUUGGUAUCCAUACAUAAUGAAAACAAAGGAAACUCAAUGGUUGAUACAUAAUUGCAUUUGUUGUUUAAUAUAUCAAUGGAAAAGAAAAUAUUUAACAGAGAAAUUUUCUUUAUUUUGAAAUAUAAUUAAACUAUUUUAAAGAAAUUGAGCAACAGAAAAAAUAAUACAAAUUGAAAGGUGUAUAUAAAUUAUAUUGUGUCAGAACCUCAAAGGUUCGGAUGAAUGGAUGGGUUUCUUUUAUUUUCUUGAGAUAAAAGUCUAUUUCAGUUGAAAUUCAAUUAAGUUGAAUGAAAGGAAAAUCAUUAUUUUCAUGCAUAUACUGACCAGUGGAUAUGUUUAAGGAAAUGUUUUUACAAUGAGGGAACAGGUUACAUCAAUCGAGUUAUCAAUCUCAAUUUUGUUAGUAGUGGCUCUCAUUUUCAGUGUGGUCAUUGGAAACAAGAUCUUGUAUGAGACUUUUAAAUUUACAAGAUAAAAAAAAUGAAUUCUGGCUGUGAAACUGGAGUAUAGUUCCAGCUUUAGUCCUUGGUACUAUCUAUUUUCUACAAUUUAAUUUAUUUCCAGAACGCUAGUACUAGUGUAUUUAACACAAAAUCAUUCAGAAAAAAAUUAAGCAAGUACUAGUGAUUUAUCCUUGAAUUUUCUUCUUAAAGAAAGAUCAUCACCUUUUGCCAUAUUGUAAGGUACCUGAAAUGUAGGCCAUGGUUGAUUGGUUCUGUGUGAAAAAAAUUAUAGAUAACAUUGUAUUCAUCACAACAAAGCUAUCUCCUUACUUUGUACCUCUUGGUUGUGGAAUACAUUGGUAUUUAGAAGAAGGAAGGAGCAAUCUAUGUAAUGGAGUACCGUUAACUGCAACAUUCUUUUGAUGCUAACCAGGUGUUCAGGGACAGUCACUACUCUCAUAAUGAUUUUGUAGGUUUUUUUUCGAAUUUUCUAAAUCCAUAUACAUGUAUAAAUUUGAUUUGUGGGACUAAUGGAACAAGGCCUAAAGAUCAGAAUAUUUGGGGAUUGUUAUUGCUCUUCUUAUCCAUGCAUUAUACAUGUAAAAGCUAUGAUAUACCAUAUUUUGCUGCAAAUAUUUAUCUUUACAAGAUGACAAUUCCACUUCUGUCUAUGUCACUCUUUGGUGUUGUGAGGAAAAUGCUGUAAAUCACUUAUUCAGAGUAUUAUGAAAAUGUCAUCCAUUUUACAUUGUGACAGAUGCUGCAGUAUUUGCAACUUCACAUAAAAAAAACUUUUUGAAUAAUUUUAUACUUGCUUGAUGAAAUCAAACACACAUAUUAUCAAUUUCCAAUUCUGUUUAUGAUCUGCACAGAGCCUGCAGAAGUUAUUUUGCUACCGUACAAUAAUUCACACAUUUUUAUUACUGAACACUUUCCCAUUGUAUGCUGCAAUGUGUGUUAGUCAUAUGUGUACAAUCAUUAUAAAUUUUGAAAAUCUGCAAAUGAAGUACAAUUUCAAAUUCAGAUAUUUUCAUUUAUUUUUAUUUUUGCACCAUUGUCUUUCUUGCUAUAACUUAGAAUGGAGUUGCUUCAUAUAUGUUAUUUUCAAUUUUAUUUCUUCCCUUAGUUGUAAAUGUCUGUUAUGUUUAUUUCUAUAAUCAUUUGUCCUACACUAGUAUUUAUAAAGUAUACUUUUGGUCCCAUAAUAGAAGUAUGGAAUAAUAAUAAUUUAUGUAAGUGGAACAUGUUAAGAAACUACAUUGACACUGUAAAUAAUAUAGCAUAAAAUGUUUUCUUCUGAUGUUAAUUCUGAAAGGGGGCAUUAAUGUGCAGACACCUGUAUGAGAUGGCUUUCAGGGAUAGCUCUUAUGUUUCUUAUUCAAAUGCAAGAUGUGCUUGUUUGGAUAUAAAGUAUUUAAACUUUAAGACGAAAACUCUAACAGGUGGAUGAUUUUGAGUCGUAAAUGGUGCAAGGACUUACCUUAGUGUAAGACACAAUUGACUAAAGUGCAAUGUUAUUUAUUAGGGGGUCACACCCACUAGAUUGUAAGGAUCAGGAUCAGAUAGGUGCCCCAGUAUUACAUCAUCAUAGUGUAUUAUCAAGGUAUGUUGCUUUAGAUAAUUCCUAAUGUCAUUCGUAGUGUAACUUUCUCUUUUCUUCGUAAAAGUGACGCAGGUUGAAUGAAACGAAACCUUAUAAUAUGCUUUAGUAAAAACAAUGGAUUAUCUUAUUCUGACAGGAUACUUGGUGGUAUUCACUAUUUGAUUUAUUACUCGGAGAAGAAUGUUUGUAGAUAUUAAAAUAUGCUUACGUGUUACGUCUUUGUAAAUAAUGAAAUAAAUACUGAAAAAUUUUGAGGAAAAAAUACAAAAAUGAAGCUUUUGUGAAAAUGACACGAAAUAAUAAAAAUCAUCAAAUUUAAAACUAUA